GUCAUUUCCGCGUUUCCUGUAUGCUCUGUGUGUGUUGAGGUAAAAACGUGUCUUUUUCUCAGAUUCAGUGUUUUUUUUUUCAUUAACUUUAUCAGAACAGCAGCGGAGAGGAGAGCCCGGCGGCUGAGCGCAGGCAGUGCAUGUUGGUGUGCCAUGAGUGUAUCUGAGGAUGCGUUGCUGGCCCGUGUGAAGGCCCUUGAGGAAGAAGUGGAGAGACUGAAGGCUCAGCUGAGGCAAAAGAAUGAUGGAGUGGAGGAGGAGAGGACUACAGUGUGUACUGAUCCUGUCCCUACUGAAGUAAAGAUCCAGGAAAAUGGAGGCAGCAGGAGGAAAGGAAAGAAAGCAGAGCGAGUGUUUGAUUUCUCUGUACAUCCACGCCGGCAUGUGGCGAUACGUCUGGCAUACUUGGGCUGGAAUUACCAGGGUUUUGCUGUGCAGGAGAACACUGACAACACGGUGGAGGCACGGCUGUUCGAGGCACUUCUGAAGACCAGGCUGAUCCAGGAUAGGCAGAGCUCUAACUACCACCGCUGCGGCCGCACAGACAAAGGAGUCAGUGCCUACUCACAGGUCAUAUCCAUUGACCUGCGCUCCUGUCAGUACAGUGGUUUGGGUGUGACUGUUCCUGAUGGCAUUGAUCCUAAAAGUAAUGCUCCCAAGGAAGAACUUCCCUACGUAAAGAUUCUGAACAGGGUUCUGCCCCCAGACAUCAGGGCGCUUUGCUGGUCACCAGCAGAGACCGGUUUCAGUGCACGCUUCGAUUGUGUAUAUCGAACCUACCGGUACUACUUUCCCCGUGGAGAAUUGGAUGUGGAGCUGAUGGCUACAGCAGCCAGACGGUAUGAGGGCACACAUGACUACAGGAACCUGUGUAAGAUGGAUGUGGGCAACGGAGUGCUGCAGUUCCAGAGGACCAUCCAGUCUGCAAGUGUUCAACCAGCCCAGCCCUGUGAGCCCUGCCCAGUUAACCCCCUGCAGCUUUAUGUGUUUGAGGUCAAAGGACUUGCUUUCCUCUACCACCAGGUUCGCUGCAUGAUGGCUGUGCUGCUUCUCAUUGGCCAGAAGCUGGAAGCUCCAGAGAUCAUAGAUAAGCUUCUGGAUGUUGAAAACAAUCCCAGGAAGCCUCAGUACAGUAUGGCAGUAGACUACCCACUCGUGUUGCAUGAGUGCCAUUUUGAGGGGCUGAAAUGGAAUAAAGAGCCUGAAGAGGAGAGCCAUGUGCUCAGUUGCCUGUAUCAACAGUGGACACAGACUGCAGUCAAGGCCCAGGUUCUAAACAGCAUGAUGCAGGACCUGCAGAACACAGCUACAGAUCCUCAGGCAUCCCCUUCUGUGGACUGCUGGCUCAUGGAGGGUUCAAGACAGAAGAACUACCGCCCCCUGCUGGAGCGCCCACGCUGUGAGAGCCUGGAGUCCAGAAUCCAGCACUUUGUAAAGAGAGGGAGGCUGGAGAGAGAGGAGGGGGAGAAUGGGGGGGAGACUGCUGUCUUCAGGGGCAAGAGAUCAAAACACUCGCACCAUGUGACCUCUACAGGCCAACAGCAAGAGGAAGAUAGUGUUCUCAGAAUCAAGGAUGUCCCAUUAUAACCCUCAUUAUGAGCUUUCUUUGUUGCCAACUUUGAUGGGGAACUGUGCUGGGAUACAUGAGCACAUACAACAACAGCAAGAUUUGGAAAACUGCUCGUUAAACGAGAUGGACUCUUGGCUUUGCUGAGAGUCACAGUCGUUUUUUUUUUGUUUUUUUUUUAAGUAUGACAUUUUUUCUUCAUAUGAAUGAUUUUUUAUUAACAGCUUUGUUGAUAUGAUACACCAAUUCUGUAUGUACUUUAAGCUUGAACUAAAAUGUGCUAUGCACACAGACUCAUUAGGGAUGAAAUAAAAUUCUUUAUUCCUAAAA